GCCCCGGCCUGUUAGUGGAGCUGGAGUGUCCUGACCUGCAGUUCUGUCUCUUGAUCCUGAUUGGCUGGCUGUCCUGCUGUGCCAUCCCAUCCGUGGACCCCUCUGCCUUGGUCCUGUUGUGCUGUCUGUGGCAUGGACUCCACGCGCCAGUCGUGAUGGGCUCUACCCUUCCCCUGGGCUCCCUCUGCCUUUCCAUGGGAACAGGCGGACUCUACCCCAGGGCACUAGACUGGAUGCGUUCAGCAAUGCAGUGCGAUGUUCAGCCAAUUGAUUUGCUCACAAACUUUGCUGCGUGUGGCUCUACGCUUCUGCUGGAAGCAGGCAUGCCCUGCCCCAAACCAUGCUGGCAGCAGCUCGGCUCCAAUGCGUCGCCUUCCCCCACCGAGGCUCCCGGCAGCCAGCAGAAAGGCAAGGCCGGGGACUCCAAGAAGGUGGAGGAGGAGGAGGAGAUUGACAUAGACCUGAAUGCGCCCGAGACCGAGAAGGCCGCACUGGCCAUCCAGGGCAAGUUCCGCCGCUUCCAGAAACGGAAAAAGGACCCCAACCCCUGAGGGGCUGCUCCUGCCCCCCAUGCCCCUGCACAGCCCCUGCCCUGCCCCGUGCCAUCCCGCCCCCAGACUAGGCUCUUGCUGUGUUGCUGCUCUGUACGUCCGGCAGGGGUGGGUGCCCCCGAGUUGGGCUGAGGGACUCCCCACACCCAGUUGCACCCACGUUGGAGCCACCGUGCCCUCUUCUCCCACAGCCAUGACGUCACUCCACAGCCGCCGAGGGCAGGGAGGGUCCUUGGGCCGAGCCCCUCCUGCCAGCUCCUGAGCCUGCCUGAGGGGCAAGACCUGGUGGGGGCUCUUGCUGUGGGGCAACAGAGCUGGGCAGGGGCAGGCCUGGUGGGGGCUCUUGCUGUGGGGCAACAGAGCUGGGCAGGGGCAGGCCGUGGGGAAGCCCCUGAGCCAAGGGGCACUGGACAGGGUCAGGGGACUAGAGGCAGGUUGGGGCACAAGCCAGAAGGGCACAGGGCUAGAGUCAGCUGGAGGAUACGGUGCUGUGGUGCACCUAGCCCCCUCACGCCAUCAGGCCAGCCAGGGGGGACUCACCUGGUCUCCAGGGCCCCCAUUAUCCUCGGGGCUAGGCAGGAGGGGGCUGGAUUUAUACAGUGCUGAGCAGGGGCAAGUCCACUUUUCCUGGUGGUGCCUGGUAUCCUGGAGCCGCAGCCAGCCCUGGCAGCCUUGGGGGCAGGUGUAUCCAGGAGCCAAGCAGGGUGCAAAGCCCAGUGGAGUAUCGAGGCCCUGGGCCAGAAUCCUAGCUGGCUGGAGCUGGAUGCAUCCCCUGCCCCCCGAGCCCCACUGUGUUAGUGAUGGUGGAAAUCAAAGGACCAGAGCAUCUUUCUCCCUCCCCCACCCACUGUGUGUGUGUGAUGGAGCCUGGCCCUCCUGACUUCCACCCCCCGCAAAGGGAAGAGUGGAGAAAGUGCCCCCCAGCCCCUUGCAGCCUGGAGGGGGGAGAGUAAACCAGGAGAGAGCAGGAGCAGAAGGCAGAGGGGUGGGUGAGGAGAUGGGCUAGGUGGAGAGAGCAGAGCGAGGCUGGACACAGCGGGGCUGGAGGCACACGGGAGUCUGGGAUGCUGUCCUGUGCAGCCUGUGCCCAUGCAGGCACCAAGUCCCUCCAGCGAAGGCAGCUGUUGAGCUCCAGGCCCAGGGGCUCCCAAAGCUGGCAGGUGCCCCCCAUAUCUCCUGCCCCAUCUGUGAGCUGUCACUGGGCAGAAGCUGGGGCCUACAGAUUCAAUGCUAUGUCCCUCACACCCCCUGCCCUGCUCCCACCCGUUGCUGUGCCCCUGCUGCAGGCACGGAGCUGCCCCUCCUACUCCGGCCUCCCGCAUCCAGCACUUCAGGCCUUGGCCAUCCCAACCUUGGAGCUGGACAGCUACCCUGCCCCCAUGCUGGGGCCUGCAGCCUGAGCCCCCGGAGCCCACUGCACCACUCCAAGUGUGGCUGGUCCUGGGGAGGCAUCCCCACCCUGCGGCACAGCCCCUGCUGCUUCAAGGACUGAGUCUUUUAGCAUGUUUAAAUAAUAAAACUUCUGGGAAUGGUG